AUGCCGGUCGACCAUUCGCCCAAGCAAGCCUCGGGAAGUGAAAAAUCGGGUAAUACCUCUCCAAGGGACAAGCAAACUACGGAGGAUAUGCAAGAUAACAUAAUCACACCCGUUGAAAUUCAAGCAAAUGAAUUCCGCAACGUGAAAUUGGCUGCAUUCUGGCGAAAUCGGCCAAAAUUAUGGUUCGCGGCCAUUGAAUGCGAAUUUACUGCCUACCGCAUACGCUCAGACGAGAUCAAAUAUAGUGCAGUCGUCAGACAUCUUGACGAACAUUCGAUGAUUGCAGUAGCCGACAUCCUGGAACAACCGCCAACGAUAGGUAAAUAUGAAACACUUAAAGCCACACUAAUAGAACGUUUUUCAGAUUCCCUCGAAAAACAAAUGCGGACAUUGCUCGAUGCCACGGAAUUGGGUGACAAGACCCCUUCCGUUUUAUUAAGGGAAAUGCGUACGCUGGCAGGCACAAACGUUACCGAUAGCAUGUUAAGGACGUUAUGGCUUCAAAGACUCCCUCCCAGAAUCCAAGAAUUGUUAGCUGUGUUAGAUGAGGUAAGCCUUGACAAACUCGCAGCUUGUGCCGAUAAAGCACACGACAGAGGAGCAGGUCACGGCACCAUAGCUACAACAAGUGUCUCGCAGCCGGACUCUAUGCAGACUUUAAACAAUCAAAUCAGUAAACUCACUAAGUCCGUAGCCGCUAUAGGAAAAAGAAGAGCACGUUCUAGAUCUAGAGGCAAAACAAAUAAGAGAUCCAACAGCCAAGAUAAAGUAAAGGAUACAUCACAAACUACAUGUUAUUAUCAUCGGCAUUUCGGCGAAAAAGCUUGGAAAUGCCUACUCCCAUGCGACUCGAAACAUCCCUUAGCCAAACGGGAAAACUCCAGCAGCCGCCGGCAAUAG